AUGAAACUUCUCGUCGUUUUCGCUUGCUUCCACCUGAUGGUGUACACUUCAAAAUCUCUUGAUUGUGGUCCAAACUCUCAUUACACUCCAUGCAUCUCGAACUGUCCUUUGACCUGCGACAACAAGGAUUUGGGAAUCGUCUGCAGUCAAGAGUGUCGCAGAGACGGAUGCGCAUGUGACGAAGGAUUCUUGCUCGACAAAGAAGGAAAUUGUAUCAUAAAUUACAAAUGUCCACCGUGCGGACCCAAUGAGUAUUACGAAUUAUGCGGAAGCGGAUGCGGAUAUCCGCUCAGUGUUUGUGGAAAAUACAUUGAAGACCCGGAAGAUUUUAGGAUUUGUCCUGCGUACUGCAGAUCGGUCUGCCUUUGCAAAUCCGGUUAUUUAAGAAACACCCAGCAGAAGUGUGUUAAACCUCAACAUUGUCAAUAA